AUGUGCGCGAUGCGGGGCCGCCUUCCUCUGAUGUUGCCGGCGAUCGUCGUCGCCGUCAUCUCGUGCGCGAUUUUUGGCGGCAGAGGGCAAGGGCCGGCGUCGGCACCGUCGGUGGACGAUUGCACGGACGCCUUCCUCAACAUGACGGGAUGCUUGUCCUACGCCAGCGUCGGCAGCAAUGACACGGCGCCCGGCGGCGACUGCUGCCCCGAGCUAGCUGGGAUCAUCGACUCCGACCCCAUCUGCCUCUGCGAGCUCCUCGCCGGAGGGGCCGAGAGCUUCGGCAUCGCCGUUGACAACGCCAGGGCCCUCCGACUCCCCUCCCUCUGCCGCCUCGACGCGCCACCGGUGAGCUUGUGCUCAGAUAUAGGAAUUCCAGUUGCAAGUCCGACGACUGCUAUUUCACCGGCUCCCGAAAGUCCGACGACGGCCACCUCACCGGCUUCCUCCGGUGGCAGCCGGGAAUCACCUGGAUCCACGCCUGCAUCAAGCGCGCAGAAACUCGACGGAGGACAUGGAGCUGCUGCAGAGCUUGCCGUGACCGCCGCCGCUUUAUCGUGUAUUGUCACCGUCAUUGGAAUCUUUUAAAAGAUUUAUGUCUCCCUUAAUUAUUGUACGUUGGACAAUUGGAGAAAAUGGAAAAAAAAGACCUAAAUUUUUAAAAAACUAAUUCAGACCUAA